UCUUCACCGCUCUCCAUAUUUCCAUGGAGGAGCGGUCCCAAACUCAAAAACAUGGUGACGAUGAAUUUCCCCAAAACCAAACAACGAAUAACGACGAUAUUAACCACCAUGACCCUUUACCUCUAUCAGUUUGUAAUACUCAAUUACCGCCUUUUGCCUCAGGAACUUACGUUGUUCAAGUCCCAAAAGAUCAAAUCUAUCGUGUUCCACCACCCGAAAAUGCCCUCAUUGUCGAGAACCACCGGAAUCAAAACCAACAAGGGCGAAGUUCUCAUUCUUGUUGUUGCUCUCGUCGUUGUAUAUGUGUAGUUGUAGCGUUAGUUGUUGUUGGAAUUAUCAUUGGUUUGGUAAUAGGUCUUAACAAAUUAUUUACCAAGCAUGAUGAUCCACAAUUUAGCGUGAAACAAAUCUUAGUCAAGAAAUUACUAAAAAAUCAACGUGAUAAACAUCCUCAAUAUGAGUACGACGUUACAAUUGAAGCCAAGAAUCCGAAUCAGAGGUCAAGAAUUACGUACAAUUAUAAAGGGGACGGUGAUAUUUCUUUGUAUUUCAAGCAGAAAAAAAUUGGUCAUGGGAAUUUUCCUGAUUUAGAUCAAGAACCUGAGAGUUCGAAUGAUUUUGAGGUUAUUCUUGGUAACAAGAAUGUUGAUAAAUUGCCUGAGGAUGUUGAAAGGAGCAUGAAUAGCACGAAUUCGAAACAACGUUUGUCUUUGUCUGUCUCCAUUGAUGUGCUUAUCAAAUUUAAAGUAUGGGGGAUAAGUUCAAAGAUUAAAAAUAUUGGGGCGUCUUGCAGUUUUAGUGUGAAUACAAUGACGAAAAAUAGUCAUGUAAACAAUCAGAAAUGUCUUAGUAAGUCGUAGAUAGAUAGCUAGCAUUAUGGUAAAUUCUUGAGUUAAUUAGCUUGUUGCAGGAGGAAUUCUUGUUUUCUCAAUUCAACGGAAUAUCCUCCUCUUCUUCUUUUUUUCCCUUUUGUAUCAGCUUGUAACUUGAUUGUAAGUUUUGGUUUUCUUUUCCUAGCUUUGUAUAGCCUAGUAAAUUCAGAAAAUGAACAAGUUUACUGUUAUAGGAGUACUAAUAUUUUCUUGUAAAGGAUUCUCGGUGCAGUCGUUGAUCUGAAUCUUGUAUAUGGGUUAAUUGAAUUCGUAGCAAG